UAGAGCUGUGUUCUCAGUGAGAGAAGGGAAGGGUUUAGCUUAGUAUUAUAGGAGCAGUCUUGAAAGAGUUUUCAAGGGAGUGCUUCUGUAUGGUUUUAUGAAACGUAAUGUAUACAGAAUAGGGUUAGGCCAUUGUAGAUUGCCCUGUUGUAGCCAGUAACAAUUUCUAAAGACCUUGAAAAAUGGCUAGUACAGUUUUAGCUGAUAUCAAUAGUUUUGGAUAUUUGGAACCACUGGAAACUGAGCCUGGUAUUUCUUAAACUGGGUAUGCAAACCAAAGCUUUUGGUUCCUGUGACUGUCUAUAAUGUGACUGAUUUGUGGGCUUUUUUGUGUGUGUGCGCACUGCACAGAGCCAUUUGGAUGGAGUGGUAUAUAAAUGUAAUAAACAAAUAAAAGGCAUGGAUGUUGCUUUAAAUGGGAAGUAACUGAAGUGGGGCUAUCUUGUUUGCUGCCUUUGAGGCUUAUUGACUUCCAAGCCAAAACCAAUAUUUUGGCUAAUCCUUAGUUGUGUUUUUCCCUAUCUGUGAAGAAAGGUUUUGUAGGACAUAAUGGACAAUGUGUAUUUUUCUACUGAAACACUUGAGUUUACUAGUCUUGGCCUAUGUCAGUACUGUUAUGCAACUCGGGAUUGUUGUUGCUUGGUCUUGGAUGCCCUUUGUAAACUGAGGGUGGUGAUCCAGUCUUGUUUCAGGAAUCCAACGGCUUGCGGACAACGGACAGAAGCGGUCUCUCUGUUUGAUCAAGGCCGGUCAGCAGAGGAGACAUCUUGAAUUUGGCUUUGACUCCGCUUAGCUGACCGAUUGAAGGCUCAAGCUUGCCUGGACGUGGGGACCGACCAAAAAGCAGGCCAGGUAACCAUGGGGAAACGGAAAAGAGGUAUGGCCUCACAGCUGCAGGUGUUCUCCCCUCCAUCAGUAUCUUCGAGUGCCUUCUGCAGUGCCAAGAAACUGAAAGUGGAGCCCUCUAGCUGGGAUGUUUCAGGACCGAGUAACAGUGACGAGUAUUAUAAUCGCAGCAAAAACCUCCCAGGUGCUCAAGGGCCAGCAAACUCCUCUCACCAGGUAGCAAGCUUCAGUAUCCCUGCUUAUGACCAGAGUCUCCUUCUCCCUGCUCCUUCAGUUGAGCACAUUGUGGUCACAGCAGCAGACAGCACAGGCAGUGGUGGAACAACAUCCUUCCAGAACAGCCAGGCCCUGACACACAGGGCUAACAUUGCUUUGCUGGAACCAUAUCAAAAAUGUGGAUUAAAAAGGAAAAGUGAGGAGGUUGACAGCAACGGUAGCGUGCAAAUAAUUGAGGAACAUCCACCUCUCAUGCUGCAAAACAGACCUGCGGUGGGUGCUGCGGCCACUACCACCACUGUAACAACCAAAAGCAGCAGUUCCAGUGGUGAAGGAGAUUACCAGUUGGUCCAGCAUGAAAUUCUUUGCUCUAUGACAAACAGCUACGAAGUCUUGGAGUUCUUGGGCCGAGGGACUUUUGGGCAGGUGGCAAAAUGCUGGAAGCGUAGCACAAAGGAGAUUGUAGCUAUCAAAAUCUUGAAAAAUCAUCCUUCCUAUGCUAGGCAGGGACAGAUUGAAGUGAGUAUCCUCUCUCGACUGAGCAGUGAGAAUGCCGAUGAGUAUAACUUCGUCCGCUCUUAUGAGUGUUUUCAACACAAAAACCACACAUGCCUGGUGUUUGAGAUGCUGGAACAAAAUUUGUAUGACUUCUUAAAACAAAACAAGUUUAGCCCUUUGCCUCUGAAAUACAUUCGGCCAAUUCUGCAACAGGUGGCCACCGCCUUGAUGAAACUGAAAAGCCUGGGUCUAAUACAUGCUGACCUGAAACCUGAAAACAUCAUGCUGGUUGAUCCUGUGCGCCAGCCUUACAGGGUGAAGGUCAUAGACUUUGGCUCUGCCAGUCAUGUGUCAAAAGCUGUGUGUUCCACUUAUUUGCAAUCACGCUAUUAUAGAGCCCCUGAAAUCAUCCUGGGUUUACCAUUUUGUGAAGCUAUUGACAUGUGGUCGCUGGGCUGUGUGAUAGCAGAACUGUUUCUUGGGUGGCCUUUGUACCCAGGAGCAUCAGAAUAUGAUCAGAUUCGUUACAUUUCACAAACUCAAGGCCUUCCAGCAGAGUAUCUUCUAAGUGCAGGAACGAAAACAAGCAGGUUUUUUAACAGAGAUCCAAAUUUGGGAUAUCCACUGUGGAGGCUAAAGACUCCAGAAGAACAUGAGUUGGAGACGGGAAUAAAAUCAAAGGAGGCUCGGAAAUACAUUUUCAACUGUUUGGAUGACAUGGCACAGGUAAAUAUGUCUACAGACUUGGAAGGAACAGAUAUGUUGGCAGAGAAGGCUGACCGAAGAGAAUACAUUGAUUUGUUAAAGAAAAUGUUGACAAUUGAUGCAGAUAAGAGAAUUACUCCGCUGAAGACUUUGAACCAUCCGUUUGUGACAAUGAACCAUCUGCUGGAUUUCCCACACAGCAACCAUGUGAAAUCCUGCUUUCAGAACAUGGAGAUCUGCAAACGAAGAGUUAAUAUGUAUGACACAGUUAAUCAGAUAAAGAGCCCAUUCACAACACAUGUUGCACCGAACACAAGCACAAACCUCACCAUGAGUUUCAACAACCAGCUCAAUACUGUGCAUCACCAGGCUAGUGUUUUGGCUUCCAAUUCUACAGCUGCUGCUACUCUAUCUCUGGCAAAUUCUGAUGUUUCACUGCUGAAUUAUCAGUCUGCUCUGUACCCUUCAUCUGCAGCACCAGUUCCUGGUGUGGCACAGCAGAGUGUUUCCUUACAGCCUGGAACCACACAGAUCUGCACCCAAACAGACCCAUUCCAGCAAACGUUCAUUGUAUGUCCUCCUGCCUUUCAAACUGGUCUUCAGGCAACCACAAAGCAUUCUGGGUUCCCUGUGAGGAUGGACAAUGCUGUUCCAAUUGUGCCACAGGCACCAGCAGCUCAACCAUUGCAGAUUCAGUCAGGAGUUCUUACACAGGGAAGCUGUACACCACUAAUGGUAGCAACUCUUCAUCCUCAAGUAGCCACCAUCACGCCGCAGUAUGCGGUGCCCUUUACUCUGAACUGCGCAGCCGGCCGGCCCGCGCUAGUAGAACAGACGGCUGCAGUACUGCAGGCCUGGCCUGGAGGGACUCAACAGAUCCUGUUACCUUCCACCUGGCAACAACUUCCUGGCGUAGCACUGCACAAUUCUGUCCAACCUACAGCUGUGAUUCCAGAGACAAUUGGAAGCAAUCAGCAGUUAGCUGACUGGAGAAAUGCUCAUUCACAUGGCAAUCAGUACAGCGCGAUCAUGCAGCAGCCAUCUUUGCUGACCAACCAUGUGACUCUGGCUACAACUCAGCCUUUGAAUGUUGGAGUGGCUCAUGUUGUGAGGCAGCAGCAAAGUAAUGCCGUGCCAGCAAAGAAGAACAAACAGCCAUCCCAAAGUGCCACAAAGCCUGCAUCUACACUGGAGGCCAUUCCAUCCCAAGUCUACUCUCUAAUUGGCAGCAGCCCAUUGCGUGCUGCAUCUUCCUCCUCCAGUGCUCUCCUUCCAGGGCAGGAGCAGCACCAGCCCAUCAUCAUCCCAGACACUCCCAGCCCCCCCGUCAGUGUAAUCACCAUCCGCAGUGACACCGAUGAAGAGGAGGAUAACAAAUACAAUCCAGGAAGCUUGGGCAUGAAGCAGAGAUCCAACGUCAUCAGCUAUGUUACAGUGAAUGAUUCUCCUGAUUCGGACUCCUCGCUGAAUAGCCCCUAUGCAUCAGAUGCGCUUUCCUCGCUCAGGAGCACUGGGGGAGUACUGGAGCCUAGCAGAGGGGCAGCUGAAAGCUCCAGCUCCCGCACCAUUAUUGUGCCUCUGAAAACACAGCUCAGUGACUGUAUUGUAGCCACCCAGGCCUCAGGUGUCCUGAGUAGCCUGAGCAAGACCAAGCCGGUGGCAUCUGUAAGUGGGCAAGCAUCAGGGUGCUGUAUCACACCAACAGGAUACCGACAACAUCGGGUGGUGACAAAUGGUGUACAGCCACUCAACCUUAGCCAGAACCAGCAGGCAACUGUACUGGCCUCACAGGAGAGAAGUGGAAACCCAGCUCCACGCAGACAGCAGGCCUAUGUUGCUCCCCUGCCCACAACAAUUGCUCAGGCUCCUUACACGUUCCAGCAUAGUAGCCCAGUGCAUCCCCACUUGGCAGCAGCAACCGCGAGCCAGCCUCACAUGUAUACCUACGCACCGACUACUGCUGCCACACUGGGCUCCACCAACUCCAUCGCGCAUCUCUUUUCCCCUCAGGGCUCCUCCAGGCACACCACAUACGCAACCCACCCAAGCACUCUUGUGCACCAGGUCCCAGUCAGUGUGGGACCCAGCUUGCUGACCUCUGCCAACGUAGCACCUGCGCAGUAUCAACAUCAGUUUGCCACCCAGUCCUACAUUGGUGCUUCCAGAGGAUCUGCUAUUUACACUGGAUACCCACUGAGCCCUACUAAAAUUAACCAGUACUCCUACUUGUAGUUCUUGGGGCCAGGAAUUGACAGCAAUUGUUCCCAGCUUGACCACAGAAGUGGAGAGAUCUGCAGUGGGCUUUGCAAUAUUCUGACAGCUCCACAAUGAGUAGCCCUGCAGAAUCAAAGGCAGAUAACAGGGGACCACCUCCCUCUUAUUGACAAUUCUCAUUCUGAUCUUCAGAGCCUGGCUGUGCUGGUGGUGGUGUCCUACUGUUUGGGGAAAGCUCAGGUACUGUCUGGGCAGAACCUUUCGGAUCACAUUCAUAUUAAGAUUUUACAGUUAAAUUUUAUGGAUGCUUUAGAAACAGCAGCCUGAACCCCGUUUAUUUAAAGAUAUUCAGUUAUGUUAAUCAGAGGGGAAAAGGAAAUCAAGGACUUUUGAAAAGGCUGGGUUUUUUUUCUUAACUCUUAUACUUACUUAGUAUUUGUUUAAAUUAUUUUAGCAGCUUGCACAAAUCCAUAUUGCCACUAAAAUGCACAUUUAACUCUAGGUUGCUAGGGCAGAUUUAUAAACUUGAGUUAGUAUUUUAAAGUUCAUUUUGUAAUUCACAUUCUUGAUAGGCAAUAGCUGAAUUCUGCAAAAGCAGUUAUUUCUCCUUCUCUCUCACUAUAUAUCACUCCCCAGUUUCUUGGUUUUAAUUAUUUUCUUAUUUUGUUUAAAGCUAAUGUAGAAAUAGUACUCAUAUACUAGCAAAUUUUAUGUUCAGUUCCCAUUUAAACCAUGAAUCACCCCCCCCCCUUUUUGGGGUGUGUGUGUGUGUAAUGUUUUAGCCACCAAAACAAAGUGGAGAAGAGUUGUUGUUGUUUUUAAAUAACUGCAGAAGCUAUGAGUUUGCUUUCUGUGGCAUGCAUGAUUACAGUCCAUAAUAUGGUUGGACUGUUUUGCCAGAAAGCCAUUGUUUUCAGCCAAAAGCGCUUAGGUCCACAUCAUUCUUCAUGGGUGCAAACCACUGGGGACUGAUCAGGCCUCAUUGAAAUGAAUAGAGGAUAUGCAUUGCCUGUUCGUUUCAACAGAUUUUAUCAGGAGACGAGGCCACCAGACUGUACCUUUUCAGUUGUAAUUUUUUAAUAUAACGUUUGGGAAUGGAUUCCUUCCCCAGAAAUGAAGGGGCCACUUUCCCUUCAUGUCUUUCCUUUGGCUGGGGAAUCCAAAAUUAGCCAACAUUUCAACUUAUCGAUAUGUACAACUUUUUUAUACUCCUGCAAGCAUAUCCCUCUGGGAACUUGUUGGCAGAAAAAUUUAAAGCGCUCUUAUUAAGACUUGUAUACAGUAAGUGCAUGUAGGAAUUGCAAAAACAUGACACAGAUUCCAGAUUUUAAAGGUUUAUUACUGAAUUUAAAACUAUUUUAGAAGUUUUGUAAUGGUGGUGUUUUAAUAUUUUACAGAAAAUGAAAUAUGUACAUAUUGAUUAGAACAAAAUAUAACAAGCAAAAUUUCCUGCUAAUCCCAAAUGUUCUGUCUUUGUAAUCAAAAUGUGUAGUGAUUAUACUUGAACUCUGUACUUAGUGUUUGUCUAACUCUUAAACGUUUCUGGGGAUGAAAUUGAUCUAAUUCUUUGUAUUUAAACCAAAAUGAGUUGAUACAUGUUGGAAUGUAUGUGAAAUAAUGCAAUCGUCUAGAGCUCAUCACUGUAGCACUGAGAGAGAGAAAAAGUGGAGCCGCAUGAGAGACAAGGAUACCUUCUAAUUUGUUUUGCACAGGUAUGUGUGACUGGUGUGUUUCCCCCCCAUAUUGUAGUGCCUUAAAUGAUUAUGUAGUGUGACUAGAGUUUACAGUGAGCUUGCCUUAUGAUGGACCAGCAAGCCCCUCCGCUCUCCGUCAAACUGAAGCAAUUCAUUAAGCAUAUCCAAGCGAGGAUAGAAAUAAGUGGCAAAAAUAUGUUGCUUUAAGUUUCAAUGCCAACAUUAAAAAGGCUAUGGCUGUGAUCUAGCCAAAGUUCAGCGCUUUUAAAGUCCAAUCAAUUUCAAUUGUAAACUAAGCAUACACUUAACUCACUCCUGAAAUCCGAGCAGUGGUUUGUCAGUUGAGACAUCGUGGCAAUCCAGUCAGCACAACCAUGGUUUAAAAAGCUGCUUCAAAUUAUGGUUUCUGAUACUGGCUUACUAACAAACCAUGGUUUGUCAGUUCAGAUGCCCUGUCAAACCAUGGCUAAAUCUUCCAAAAUUGUGGUUUGGUGUGUUGUCUGAAUUGAGUCAGAGAGUCUUGAAAGCGCUUAAAUUUGGCUGGAGUAUGCCCUAAGCAUUUUAUUUGGAAUAAAGCUUUUUCCCCACUCUCAAAAUGUUACCUGUACUAAUAGCUGUUGAUGCAUCUUUGAUAGGGUAUUGUGCUGGGAAUGCAUUGGGAAAUUUUAUCUGAUGUUGCAGAGGUGAUUAAGCAUGUGCAAUUACUUUUCCUUAGAUUAUAUUGUGACAUUACCUUUCCCCCUUGUGUGUGUAGCAGAUGUUCCUUAUAAAAUAUUACUAGUUUGGUGUUAGAACUUUUAUACCAAAGAGAGCCUGCUGGAAAGCACAUAAUACUCUGAAGUUUUAUAUAACACCACUAGUAAUGUGGCACUUUUGGGAAGGUUUGAGAGCUGUAGCACUUGAACUGGCCUCCUGGUGGUGUGCUUUUAAACCACACUUUAUUUCCUGGGUUCCGUCAAUUCUACAGUUCAUUUCACCACUGCCAUUAUACAGAGAAGGAUCUUGGCCAAAUGGAGAAUAAACUGGCAUGGAGAGUGGUAUUGCUACAGCAAUAAAAGGCUUUGACAGCCUUGAAAACCCAGUUUGUAUUCCGUCCAGUCUGGAUCCCAAAGUUAGUUUGGGUACAUUACAAAGAAUUCAGAUAUGUCGGACGUGUUUCUGAAACAUGCAUGAUAGCAUGCUAUAGCCUAGCCCAAAUGUGGACAGCGUGUAAACUGAUAUAGGGCAAUAAUCCUGACCCCACUAAAGUCAGGACGGGCUUUGCCAAUAAUUUCAGCAACUCCCAAGAUUUCAGUGGCUCAUGUUCAGCGUCCAAACACAGAUGGUUGAGUGCCACCUGUGCUGCUGUGGAACAGGACUGUUCUGCCGCAACUUAAACUUUCACAAUUUCAGUUGUGCGAUACAACUAUCUCCAUUAUUUCCAGUGGAGGUGGUAGUGUGCGAUUGUGUAAUUUUGAGUCUAAGUGUUUCUCAACGGUCAAGGCAGUAUUUUAGGCACAUGCAGUAACACAGACAGUGCUCAACCAUCCAUGUUUUGCUUUGCUGAAUGUAAGCCAGUGAUCUUAAGCCUCUUAUCCCAAAUAGGACAAAAUAGUUUGUGGACCAUAAGCCUUACAGUUUCCUUUAUGAGGAGGAACCUGUUGUCUUUGGCAAUAGAGGAGAGUGAUUGGUUAACACCGUGACUAGCCGUGAAUCUGUUUACUGUACUUUUGCUCAUUCAUCUUUUCCUGUGAAGAUAACUAAAGCAUUUCAGUUCUUUACAUCAUUGGUGUCAACAAUGCUUUCUGUUGCUGUAACAUUAUCAAAAUAGUUUUCUGCUUAGUGCCAAGCCCAUUUUAACCCACCCGUCCCCCCAAUUCUGAGGCUCACAUGCCCUACUUUUCUCUUGCAAGACCUUUUAAGGGCAGAGUUGUGCCUUUCCACCCAAAGGUAAAAAUACCCCCACAGAAAUCCUGAAAGUAUUUUCCCCCUAGUUUCAAAAUUAUGAAGGCAUUUCCUGUGCAACCAAGGAAAAAUUACCUACUAUGUGUUGGGGGAGGAAAUGCAAAAUAUAGGACUGAAAAUCCUAGCCUUCAAAAGGAUAAGAUCCUCUUAAUAUUUUGAUCCACAAAGCCAAUUCACCUCCAGUGAGUCAAGUAUCCCUCAAGAACAGAAGAAGUGUUUUCCCAACGUGCAAAAUGCUUUACUUUAAUAUUGAAAGUGUAAUUGGGAUCCAUAAGUGACAAGAAUGAUGUCCAAAAAAAGUUUCCCCACAGGAGUGAAUUCUUGCCUUCUUAAUUAGUUGCUCCAGAGACAAGACACUUCGUAGCUUUGGAACCAGCCAAACCUGUUAUAAUGGUUCUGUCCUACUAAGACCUAGGAACAGCUGAUGAAGUGACAGAACUGUGCAUAGACUCUGCCAGUUCAGACUGCAGGUGGGAGCUCCCAUGAUGGAACGCGCUCUCUCUCUCUCUCUCUCUCUCUCUCUCUCUCUCUCUCUCUCUCUCUCUCUCUCACUCACACACACACACACACACACACACACACACACACACACACACACCCCGUGUCUGUCUCACUCACUCAUGCAAUAGAAAACAUGUCAAUGAAAAAGCCAAUAUAGAGCCUCUUCUGACAUUUAGUUUCUUGUGUGUACUUUUUUAUGUGAGAGCAUUCAGUCAUAAGCCUCCAGCUGCAUGGUAUAGUCUAAACACAGGUUCACUACCUCACCUGCUCUUCGUAAGAUCUAGGCUUUAGAUGUAUCCUUUUCUCCUGGUGCAUAUCCAGCUUGUCUCACUGAGGAUGAAGAUUUGUAAGACUAAAGGUAGCCUCACAGCUGUGCAGCCUCUCUAUAGAUGAACACAUGAUAUGCACAAUUCUUUAAAAAACUGUUUCAGAUACAAAUCUCCUUUCCCAAAUAACUUUGAAUAACCUCUCUAUCCUAAAGCUGCAUUUUUGCUCACAGUUAUGUGUGUGCACGUCCUGUUGAAACCUCUGGGACCUGCAUGUGUGUAACUAUGUUCAGUUUUGCAGCCUAAGUUUGCAGUAAAUUUGCAUUUUUGUAAUGAUGAGAGAAGAUGUGUUUCACAGAGUCACUCUUGUGAUUAGUCAAACCUAUUAUAUAAUGUUCCUGAUAGCUGAACUCUCACCUCACAGCUGUGAUACUCCACUGCAAAAACAACUUCAGAGCUUUAAUGCUUGCACAUAGUUGACCCAGUGCAGUACUAUACCUCUGACUCAAUUUUUUUUAAGUACAUGAAAUUAAAUUGCUUCUAGGUGACCGGAUUGGCACAGCCCUGCUUUCUUAUUUUAAUUUUUAACUUAUGAAUGGUGCCGCAUGUUGACAUAGUUGUUUGUUGCUAAACUUUAUAUAAUGUGUGAUUUCAGAUUCAGCUUGAACUAUUAUCUAACUCACUACAUGUAGCAGUGCAUUAUAUGUAAUGUUAGUAUUUCUGCUUGAAUCCUUGAUAUUGCAAUGGAAUUCCUACUUUAUUAAAUGUAUUUGAUAUGCUAGUUUUACUGUGUAGGGUUUAACUUUUUUCUGGUUGUGCUCUUCCUUUUUACAAGCCACUAGAUAAAGGUAGUUUCUGACAAUUACUGAUCUAUGUUUGUAUUGCCAAUGUACUUAGGGGGUAAUGUAAAAAUCAUUUUAACAAAAGGAAAUACAGAUAUUUAAAAAAUUUAAUACUAACUAUAUGGGAAAAGGGUCCAUUGUGAAAACAUAGUUUAUCUUUGGAUUCAAUGUUUGUCUUUGGUUUUACAAAGUAGCUUGUAUUUUAAGUAUUUUCUACAUAAUAUGGUAAAGAUGUAGAACUGCAAUGCAUCAAUAAAAAGGGUUAAUUUUCUGUACUCUA